UCCCAGCCCGGCCCCGGCCGCCUGCUCUGCUCCCUGAUGGAUUUCUACCCUGCCCACAUCCAGCUGAGCUGCUUCCAGGGCCAGCAGCAGCUCUCGGGGCACGGGGUGGCACCGCCGUGGUCCCCAACGGGGACUGGAGCCAGCAGCUCCUGGUGCUGCUGGAAACCUCCCCGCGGCGCGGGGUCACCUCCAGCUGCCAGGUGGAGCACGUCAGCCUGGAGCAGCCCCUGAGCCGGCACUGGGGCACGGCCCGGCCCCCACAGCGCCGGGAGGGGCUGGGAGCACAGCGAGGCCAUUUCGGGCUGCUGGGCUGAACUGGGAGCCCCCCACUGAGAACCCCCUUCCCCCUGUCCCACCUCCCCUUAUCCCCCUCUCCCACCCCUUGCCCACCCGGUCCCGGCCCCGCUCCGCUCACCCGAGAGCUCCGCGCCCGCAGCCGAGGGAUGCAGCAGGAGGAGAAGGAGGAGGAGGAGCGGGAGGAAGAGGAGGGCUGGAGGAGCAGCAGGAAGAGGAGGAGGAGCAGCGAGAGGAGGCACCACGUGCAUCCAUCGCUCUCUGGAUCUGCAGCCCCUUGGCGCCGCCAGCAUCGGCCCCACCGCAUCCCGCAGAACAAGACUUGUCAUUCCCAAGCCUUGGAUGAAUGGAGGAGGAAGAGGCAGUGAGGAAGAUGCUCUGGGAGCCCCAGGCAGGAACUGAGCUGUGGACGGAGACCAGGGAGGAUAAAUCCCCACAGCAGAACCUCGUGGAAGAGGCCGUUUUGAGUGGCUCCAAGGGGCAGGAAUCCAAUGGGGAGGAAAAGCCAAAGGAAUCCCCCUCAGGGAGGGGCUCCAAACCCAGCCCAGGGUGCUCUGAGGAGAAAAGAACCCCCCUCUGCAUCAUCCAGAGACCCAACCUGGUGGUCCAUGAGCAGCUUCACACUGGGGAGAAGCCCUACAGGUGCUGGGAAUGUGGGAAGAGCUUCAGCCACACCUCCCACCUCUUCAUCCACCUGCAAGUACACACGGGGGAACAGCCCUACGAGUGUGGGAAAUAUGGGAAGAGUUUCAGCCUGAGCUGCACCCUGAUCCAGCACCAGGAGAUCCCCACAGGGGAACGGCCCUGCAAGUGCUUCAUGUGUGGGAAGAGCUUCCGCCACAGGUCCAGCCUGAUCUGCCAGCAGAGAGCCCAGAGUGAGGAACGGCCCUGUGAGUGUCCCGAGGGUGGGAAGGGGUUUUGGACCAGCUCAAAUCUCCUCAUGCAUCAGAAAACACACACGGAGGAGAGGCCUUCAGCUGCCCCGACUGCGGGAAGGGCUUCAAGUGUAACUUCACCCUCACCAUCCACCGGCGCAUCCACACGGGGGAGAGGCCCUACGAGUGUCCUGAGUGUGGGAAGAGAUUCCCUCAGAGCUCUGCCUUGACUUCACACAAAUGGACCCACCUGUGAGAGAAGUCCUGCAAAUGUCCUGAGUGCAGGAAGAGCUUUGUGUGUGUCUCCAGCUCCAUCCCCAUGGGAGGAUCUGCAUUGGGUGAUCCCCAGUGACUCCAGUUGGGCAGAGACCUGGUGACCCCUGUUCUGGGUGAUCUGUGUUGAGAAGACACCUGGCUGGUGAUCUCCAUGUCCUCCUGGUCCCCACAGGCACCUGGAUGAAGGCAGGAGUAGGAGCCUCCAUGAGGACUCAGAAUGACAUCAGGAAUUCAUUGGGAAGAGUGGAUUUGUUGACUUUCAACCCUGAAAGUCUCAGCUCUUCUGUCCAAUCCUUUCAUCCUGUAGCAUCAAGCAACACUGGGUGGUCUUGGAAGUCUUUUCCAACCUCAGUGGUUCCAUGAUUUUGCUUCUCUGUGGCCCAUGGGUGUGUUCCACAGCCAAAUGGUGAUGGACUGGGGCAAAGACCAAGAUUUGAGGUGGAAACCCCUCCAACAAACCCCUCUUCUUCCAUGCACUGAACCCAACCCCACACAUUUUCUCAUGAUGCUGAUAAGUGACUCCUUUUAUUUUGAUCUUGAUUUUAUUUAACGGAUGCAUUUUCAUCUGUUACAAACAUCUGAA